UGUUAAAAUAAAAAACUUUUUCCUAUCCCAUCUCUCCAUCCCACGAUUCCUCUCUGACCCGAGCUCCAUGGCCAUGACGCUGCCGCCAUGACCUCCGGUUCGGCCUAGCUCCGGCGCUCUUCUACGUCGUUUCUUGCUGGCCCCAACUCCCCAUGAGUGUUAUCCUCAGAUCCUCCGUCGCCGCGAGGUCCUCCGGGCCCCUGCACGUGCCCCUGCAGCAACCCACCACCACGGGUCACCGGCGCGGCUCCUGCUCCUCCGGUUUUUCGGCCCACUGACCCCGGCGUCUCCGCACGAGCGGCUGCCGCCACUGGCUCAAUUGUGCUGCUCUGCCUCGGCUACCUCGACUCCCACGGAGAUUUUGAUGGUAUGUUCAGUGUUGAGAUCCACCAUAGUGGUUUCUUUUGUGGCAGUGACAUAAACAGAACAUACAUGGACUAUGAGGUUGAUUGGUUUGACAAUUGUCAGACUGACACUUGGUCCUUACUCUGGAUUGAUGACUUUCUUCUGCAGCUGGGCUAUGAUAGACAAGCUUCAAAGAUUGAUGUUUACUGGUGUGAACCAAGAAAGACAGUUAGUGAUGGCCUGAAGCUCUUGACCUGUGAUGCCGACAUUGUUCUUAUGAUUUGUGCAACAUUAGAGCACAAGAACCUACUGCUGAUAGUAGACCAUGGUGAUACCCUGCAGUCAUUAAACAAAGAUGAUGUUCUGACAAAUGGAGUGAAGGAUCCACCUAAGGUUAUUACUACAAAGAGGCAUGGAAAAGAAAAUGUCAGUUAUCCAGAGAAAGAGCAGAGUCCUAGAGAGAAAAUGUCAAGGACAACAAGGAGAUCUAUGUCAUUUGGAGAAGUAUGUAGCUCAAGGAAUGCUAUGGAGGAGGAGAAUAUUAAGGAUGUUAACAAUAGUGAAGAAGAGGGAAAUGAUGAGGAUGCAGGGUCAGAAAUAGAUGAGGAGUUCUAUGAGAGUGACUAUGAAGUUGCAGAAGGUGAUGAUGAUUUGUUUGACGCAAAUAUAGACAAAGAUGUUGAUGAUCACAAAGAGAAGAACAUAUUGCCAGACUUUGAAGAAGAACUUCCAGAAGAUGCUUUGGAGGACAGCCACUUAAAUAUGUCGAAAGAAGAGAAAGAGAAGCUGAAGCACAAAUUCAGUACUUUCAACCCAACAACUGAUCUGAAUGCACCUGUGUUUAAGAUUGGGUUGGUGUUUGCAGAUAUGAAGGAAUUGAGGCAUGCUCUCACUGCAUACAGUGUAAGGAAUAGGGUGAAAGUGAACAAGCUCCGAAAUACUUCAGUAUCACUAGAGGCUGUAUGCAAGCCUGGUUGCACUUGGUACUUGAAGGCAGGUAAAGAUAACAGGUCAAGUAGCAUACAGAUCAAGAAGUAUGUUGACAAUCACACUUACACAAAAGAAUGGGACCUGAGAGUUCUGACUGCUCCUUUUCUUACUAACAAGUUCAGAGAAGAAUUCAGAGACAAUGAAAAAAUGCCUCUGAAGAAAUUUUCAGAUAAGGUGGAGACAGAAUAUAAUUUGGUUCCACACAGGAGUAAGUUGGGAAGAGCUAGGAGAGCAGCAGUGAAUCAAAUAAGGGGAGUAGAUGAUGACCAAUAUAAUACUUUGUGGGACUAUGGUCAGGAGCUUAGAAGGAGCAAUCCAGGAAGCCAGUUCUUCUUGUGCACUAAGGAAGUAUUUGAUGAGAAGACAAAGAAGGUACAAGACCACUUUUCCACAUUGUACUGGUCAUAUGAUGCAUGCAAGAGGGGAUUCCUUAAGGGAUGUAGACCAAUCAUUUUCCUGGAUGGUUGUCACAUUAAAACGAGAUACAAGGGAACAUUACUAAUAGCCGUUGGAAUCGAUCCCAAUGAUUGUAUCUUUCCAGUAGCAUUUGGGUUAUGUGAAGUGGAGUCAACCCAUAGCUGGGAGUGGUUCUUAGCAUCCUUAAAGGAUGACCUGAACAUAAUGAACACCUCACCAUACACCAUUAUGAGUGACAAGCAGAAGGGAUUAAUAAAUGCAGCGAAAAAGGUUUUCCCUCAUUCAGAACAUAGAAACUGUGUUAGGCACAUUUAUCAAAAUUUCCAUAAAGUACACAAGGGAGAGCAGCUCAAGAAUGAUCUAUGGUCUAUAGCAAGGUCCACUAAUGAAGCUGCAUACACCAGGAACAUGGAUCUAAUGAAAGAACACAGCUUGGGUGCCUACACCUGGGUUGAGAAAUUGGAGCCAAGAACAUGGAUCAAAGCAUUCUUUGACCCGUUUUGCAAGUGCGACACAUUACUAAACAAUAUGUCAGAAGUGUUCAAUAGUUACAUUUUGUAUGCGAGGGAAAUGCCAAUUAAGUCAAUGUUGGACCAGAUAAUGUGGAAGCUAACAAACAGGAUUGUUGGUAAGCAGAGAGAGGCAGAGAAAUGGACAGGCAGAUUAUGUCCCAAGAUACAGAAGAAAUUGGACAAGUAUGUGGAGUGGGCAAAGAACUGCAGGGUGCAAGAGUAUGGGCAAGGUGUUUUCAAGGUUUUCUCUUUGAACAACACAUACAUUGUUGACCUGAACAUGCUCUCUUGUGAAUGCAAAAGGUGGGUACUAUCUGGCAUACCUUGCCAUCAUGCAAUUGCAUGUUUUAGGCAUGAGAGAAUUGAGCCAGAGAGCAUGGUCCAUUCAUGCUACACUAUUGAGGAAUAUAAGAAGUGUUAUGGAUUUAAUAUGAUGCCAAUGAGGGACCCACAGCAAUAAGAAAAUGCAUGUCAUUGCUGUUCACCCACCCCUGUACACAAAAGUAAUGGGCAGGCCUAAGAAGAACAGGAAAAAAGAUCCAGAAGAGAAGAAAGACAAGACUGGGGUGAAAAAUUGAGCAAACAUGGUGUGACCAUGCAUUGUUCUGUUUGUGGAGCUGCUGACCAUAACAAGAAGGGGCACCACAAUCAUGUUAAUCAAACAACAACUGAGGAAACAACAAUUGAAGAAGAAUAUGACGACCCAAGCAUAAUUGUUGUACCAUCCUUUGCUUAUAUAUUUUCCCCUCUAAUCUUCAAACUAUACUUAAACAUUGAUACAUUGGCUUUACCUGUUGCAGAACAUCAUGCCACACAGAGUCUACCCUCAGCUCGAUCCAACACAAACCCCUGACUCAAUGGUUUACAAGAUGCAAGAAAUGGAGAAGUUUACAUAUCCAGCACCUAGGGAAUUUGCCCCCCUACCUGAGUCUAGCUUCAUUGCCAAUGCCAGAGACUCAAUUCCUAUGGUUAGAGUUGCAACAGCCAUGUCAAGAGGCAGGGUGAGAAAGACUGCUAAUGAGAAAGUUGCAAGGCCAAGAAAAAAGCAGGCAAGGGAAGGUAAUAUUGCAAUGGGAAGCAAUGUUGCAACAACUGGAAGCAAUGCUCCAACAAGUGGGGCCAAUGCAAGAGGAGAUGGCAAUGCAAGAGGAGGCGCCAAUGCAAGAGGAGGUGGCAAUGCAAGAGGAGGGGCCAAUGCAAGAGGAGGGGCCAAUGCAAGAGGAGGUGGCAAUGCAAGAGGAGGGGCCAAUGCAAGAGGAGGUGGCAAUCCAAGAGGAGCAAGAGCUGCUGCUCCAGGUUUCUUCAACUUGCUAUUUGGACCCGAUGGAUCCACAAUACAUGAACCGCCACUUGUCAUGCAGGGUGAGGAGGAGGUCAUUUUUAGCCAAAAUGCAACAGGAGCUAGCCAGGAUCCUUAUCUCUAUGAUGAAGGUUGGCCUGAUGAUCUGCAUGACCUUUUGUCUUUGUAGUUUACAUUACAUGCAUCUUUAGGUGAAAGUCUGAUGGAGUUCAUGAAUGAAACUUGUUGGUUUGGUGAUGGAGUUCAUGAAUGAACUUGUGGUCUCUAGUUCAGUACUUAUUUAGAAGACGAUGUGAUAACAGUUAUGUCACUUUUGGUUUGGUUUGUACGACUAAGAAACUACUUAUGUUAGUGCCAAAUAUGUCAUUUCAAUUAUGGUCUGUUCCUGUUCA